AUGAGCAAUGUGACAGAUGGAGUUGCCACCAUUUCUAAUAUUCUUGCUCCAGUGCUUGGUAUGGAGACUAUCGUAGGACUUGCUGGAAAUACCAUUGCUUUGAGUAUCUUUUGCUCGUACAGGAAUCACUGGUCAUCAAGCACUGCAUAUUUAUUCAGCUUGGUCAUUGCUGAUUUCUUCCUGAUAAUCAACUUGCCAUUUCGUAUCCACUACUACCUGAAGAAUGAAUUCUGGAGCUUCACAGAGAUAUUUUGCAGUGUCAACCUAUUCAUGUUGUCAAUGAAUAGGACAGCAAGCAUUAUAUUUCUCACUGCCAUUGCAAUUGAUCGCUACUUUAAAGUGGUUCAUCCUCACCACCAAAUGAGUAAAAUAUCAACAGCUUGUGCUGCAAAAGUAGCAAUUGCACUUUGGAUCACAGUGAUACUGAUGAACAGCCAUGUUUUUAUCUUGGAUCACAAUCAAAGUCAGAACAAUUGUCAAAGUUUUAACUCUCGUCUACAUCCACAUGCAGCAGACACAUGGCAUGCACUAUUAUUUUUUCUUGAAUUUUUUUUGCCUUUAGGCAUCAUCAUUUUCUGUAUUUUCAACAUUAUUUUGAAGCUAAAGCAGAGGAAAUUGGCUAAAAGGAAUAAGGUCCAAAGAGCUGUGAAAGUUUUGGUGGUCAUUGUUUUGAUGUACACCAUCUGCUUCUUGCCUAGUAUUUUAAUUGCUGCAGUUGGCCUGGUCAUUCUAAUGGUAUCUCAUACUCACGUUGACACUAUUGGCCAGUUAUUACAUGUCUCACUUGCCUUCACAUACCUAAAUAGUGCACUUGAUCCAGUUCUGUAUUGCUUUUCAAGCCCAGCAUUCCUAAAAAGAUGCAAAAAAGUGCUUUGCCAGGCUGGCUGCUUUAAAACCUCUGUGAUAGAAGGAUCCAGUGAAAAUUCAUCAAGAUAUCCAGGACAAAGAAUGAGGAGCCUCCAACCAUCAACAGUAAGAGAACAGACUCCACGCAUGAGCCUACGGACACCUUCCUCUUCUACAGCCAACACUUGUUAA